AUGUCUUUCGAGACGGUUCAGAGUGAGGUUGGGUUCGGUGCAGGUAUUGCACACGGUGGAAGCCUAAGGGAUACCACGACGGGUAUCUUUUGUGUACACCAAGGCCAUGGUGCUUUUUGGAGGAUUAGCGUGACGCCCAACGUGCCCCCGAUGGAGAGUAUCGAUAGAGCAGGCCUAAGACACGGCCGCCCAGGGUCCACUCGGGUGGUUGGCCGCAGAUCUAAAGCUGGACCGACUGCUCCAAAACAGAGAGUUUCAACGAAAUAUUGGGAGGACAAAUACCAAGGGAGAAUCCACCCAGUGCCCUUGCAAGCUUCGAGAACAGCGGCACAAGCGUGGCUGGUCGCAUGCGAGCGGGCCAAUGCGAUCAACGGGCCCGUUCCUAAACGACAAGGUGGUGGCGAGAGCACGGCUGGUACAGGGUGUCUGGUGCGACUUGAGCCUUCGACAAGCGAGGCCAACUCUUGUCGCUCAAUCGGCUUGGGCUGGCCAGGCUGUAUAGGACAGAUCGCUGGCACAGGAAUAGAAGUGCCCGCUCCACCCCUUCACUGCUGCUUUUGCGAGCGAACGCGCAUGCGAGCAGGCGGCACGCUGCAGGUCUGCAAGCAAAAGAACAGACUGCUUAUGUGGAACUGCAUGGCCGAGCAAGGGAGAACCCUGGGCUUGCCAAACACCUCAGCGGACUCACAGCACGCUCGGCUGCCCAAGCGCGCUCCGGCUGUGGCUUGGGGAUCUCGAGACAACCUCAAACACUUCAAGUUUUGA